AUGGCGACUCAUCGGCGUGCGAGUUUGUGUUGGCAAUUCUUGGUUUGGCUCGGUCUGGUGGUUGGCGUUUUGGCUGCCAGCGACCAAGGCGACUGGUGGCAGCGGACCGUGUUCUAUCAAAUCUACCCUCGCUCCUUCAUGGACUCGAACAACGAUGGUGUUGGUGACCUGCGUGGCAUCACGGCCCGUUUGGAGCAUCUGAAAGAUGCUGGAAUCGGAGCGACCUGGCUGUCACCUAUCUUCCUGUCACCGAUGGUCGACUUCGGGUAUGACAUCACCGACUAUACCGUCAUCCAGCCGGAGUACGGCACGAUGGAGGACUUCGAGGCGCUGGUGGCGGAAGCGAAGCGACUCGAUAUAAAAAUCGUCCUCGACUUUGUACCGAACCAUACGAGCGACCAGAGCGAUUGGUUCCGGCGCUCGGUGGCCCGUGAAGGCCCGUACACCGACUACUACGUGUGGCACGAUGGGCGCGAGGAUCCGACAGCCGAAAAUACCAAUGGACCGCAGCGUCGUUUGCCACCGAACAAUUGGCCAUCGGUAUUUUAUGGAUCCGCCUGGACGUUCCAUCCCGAGCGGGGCCAGUACUACCUGCACCAGUUUACCGCCCAGCAACCGGAUUUGAACUUUCGCAACCCAGCCGUCGUGGAGGAGCUUCGGGAGGUGUUGCGUUUCUGGCUGCGGAAGGGUGUGGCCGGGUUUCGCAUCGACGCCGUAAAUCAUCUGUUCGAGGCGGAAGGCUUUCCGGACGAGCCGGAAUCGGGAACCGACACCGAUCCACUGUCGUACGGCUUUACGAACCAUAUCUACACGAAAGAUUUGCUUGAGUGCUACGAUAUGGUGUACCAGUGGAGGGAUCUUCUGGACGAAUGGACACGCGAGUAUGGAGGAGAUACUAGAAUCAUCAUGACUGAGGCAUACGCCAACAUAACGUUCACGAUGAAGUACUACCAUUCGGAGCAGGAUCCCCCUCGUCCGGGAUCGCAUAUGCCCUUCAACUUCCUGCUCAUAACCGACCUAAGCCAGACCUCAACGGCUCCCGAUUUUGUGCACACGAUCAACAAAUGGCUCACGUACAUGCCACGAACGGGGGCAACGGCCAACUGGGUGCUGGGUAAUCACGAUCAACCCCGCGUCGGUACACGCUACGGUGCGGAACGGAUCGACGCCAUGAACACGCUGCUGAUGACGCUACCCGGCAUCGCUGUCACGUACUACGGCGAAGAGAUCGGUAUGGUUGACAAUCCGGACGCCAGAAAAGGCGAGCCGGAGGCCGAAGCGGGGAAAGCUUUCAUAGCGUUCUCGCGUGAUCCCGAAAGGACGCCCUUCCAGUGGGACGAUACGGCCAAUGGGGGGUUCUGCAGCGGUCAGGUGCAACCAUGGCUUCCGGUACAUCCCAACUACCGUCAGCUCAACCUAGCGGCCCAGCGCCAAGCCGAACGGAGCCACUACAAAACCUACCAGCGACUGGUCCGACUGCGUGGCCACGAAACCUUCCGCCACGGUGCCAUCCAGCUCGUGCCCUACUCGAACGACAUUAUCGCGUACGUACGCGAGCUCGCCGAUAGCGACACGUUUGUGGUCGUGAUCAGCUUGGCCCCAACGGCCCGUACCGUUGACCUGCUAUCGGUGUUUCCACGACUCGCUCCCGAACUGCACGUUGCCUCGAGCGGCUUCAACUCGAGCCACCCAACGGGAGCCAUCGUGCAGUCGGACCGGCUAGCCGUGGAUGGAUACGAUGGUUUAGUUUUGCGCAGCAUCCCGCUGGCUUCGAGGAAAAACAAAUUCUCCCUCCCGGCAUUCCUCGGGGCGGCGGCCAAGGAUGCUGCCGUAAUUGCGUCCAUCGUAAUUGCACUCGGCACCGGGCUCUACCACUUUCAGUACCGUGCGCGCGCCCUGGGUGGAGCCAAGUGGUCGGGAGGAUUUAAAAAAUAAUGACAGCCACUUCCGGGAGAAAAAGAAACAACUGGCGGAAGAACGAUUUGCAUUCAAAUGGGAAGAGGCAAGGAGUGUGCUGCCUGUGCGGAGUCGUGAGUCCGGUUAGGGAAAUUAUCAUCACUGUCCUAUUCAUUUUUUCU